AUGUCUGCCUCGGCAUCACCACCAUCCCUCGCCAACCUCCUCCCCCCCAGCUGGAAGCCCCAAGUCACCGCCUGGCUCGCCGAAGACACGCCCUCGCUCGACUAUGCCGGCUUCGUCGUCGGCGAACAGCCCCGCACCGCCACCCUCUGGGGCAAAUCCGCCGGCAUCAUCGCCGGCCGGCCCUUCUUCGACGAGGUCUUCCACCAGUGCGGCUGCACCGUCGAGUGGCACGCCGAUGAAGGCUCGCAUCUCGACCUGAGCGGCAACGGCGGCAAGAUGAAGGUCGCCACCGUCACGGGCCCUGCGCGCGGCCUGCUGCUCGGCGAGCGGGUUGCGCUCAACAUGCUUGCGCGGUGCUCCGGCAUAGCGACGCAGAGCGAGCUGCUGGUGUCGAAGCUGCGGGCGGCGGGAUAUCGGGGCGUGCUGGCGGGCACGCGCAAGACGACGCCCGGCUUUCGGCUGGUGGAGAAGUACGGCAUGCUGGUUGGCGGCGCGGACGGGCACAGAAUGGACCUGAGCUCGAUGGUGAUGCUCAAGGACAACCAUGUCUGGAGCAGGGGCAGCAUCACCGAGGCGGUGGCGGCGGCGAAGGCGGUUGCCGGGUUCAGCAUGAAGAUUGAGGUCGAGGUGCAGAGCGAGGCUGAGGCCGACGAGGCCAUUGCGGCGGGCGCGGACGUGGUGAUGCUGGACAACUUUACGGGUGAUGGCGUCAAGAUUGCGGCGAGGAGCCUGAAGGAGAGGUGGGCUGGCAAGAAGCAGUUUUUGCUGGAGGUGUCUGGGGGUUUGAGGGAGGAUAACGUUGAGCCAUAUGUGUGCAAUGAUGUGGACAUUAUCUCUACAAGCUCGAUCCAUCAGGGAGUCCCUCAUGUGGAUUUCUCGCUCAAGAUCAACCACUAA